GCUGCGGUCGGUCCACGAGUGUGGUCGGGGUCUCCUUUCGGUCGCCGAGAAGUUAUUUCGCGAAGUUUGCGCGCUCCCUGGGGCUUUGUUUGUGAUUUGCAGAACAAUUUUUAUUGUUUUUUUAGAGCACAGCUCGUGAAAACAUUAAACGUCAAAACGUUUUUUUUUGUCUUGUCUAAUUGUGAACGCAAUUUGAUUAAGUGAUAGUGAGAAGGGAAAAAAGAUAAUUGCAGUCAAAUUUAGCAAAGUGACGAAGAAAGUGAAGAAAUAACAUAACGAAAGAAGUAGUUUUUUGCAAAGUGGUGACAGUGAACAAGUCAUAGCAACAAAAAAGUGCCAAAACAAGAGAAGAAAAGUAAUUCCGUUGUCGCCUGCAGCAAGGAAAAAGAGUAAAACGAAUCGAAGAAAAUAAAUAAUAACCAGAUCGUCGCGCCCACUACAACUGUGUGAAGCCACGUGUGCACGUGGCCUGUUUUUGUCGUCUGGUGUAGUUUCGUGUAAGUGUGUAACGUCGACACAGACGACGCCGCCGGCUGAAUACAUCGAUUCCGACCUGAAAGCUGCCUCGGGCUUAUCAGACGUGACUUCGCGCAAUAUAAGCAAAACGAAGAAGAAGAAGAAAGGAGUGUUAGUGAGGGGAAAGUGUUAGUGUGGAUAAAACUCUGCCUCUGAAGGAGGGAAAACAGUGAAAGAUAAAAAAACCGGGAAGAAGUCCAUGACGGAUAGCCCCAGAGAUAACCCCACUUCGUCUGGGUGUCUCUUCUUUUCUUGUAUGGAAAUGAAAGUGUGUCCUGGAGUGUCCUCGUCGCAGCGAUAGUGUCCACGUUGUGUGGGGGUGUUGAUGGUGACCACCCCCCUCACCCACCCAAACGCAGAGGAGGUGCAGAUAGAUAAAUUAAUGCAAUACAAAUCGAACCUGUGCAAGUGAACAAAACGCUUUCGUGCUUUCCGAGGUUCAAAGUACAUAGCUUGAACACAAGAACAAUGCUCAUGAAAAAGGAGAAAGUGCACAGCAGCACGUGCCAUUGACGGCCAACAGAAAAAUCUGAAGAAGAAAAAACAGUGUUGCCAGCCAACCCCGGUGCAAAUCACAAUGGAUCGUAGUGAAAUAACAGCACUGUUGUGCAGAAACAGUGCAACCGGAACCGGAAAGUCUCCGUCGUCGUCGUCACGCCGGGGGUGUCCACGGUGGUGGCCAAGGAUUGCGAUUUUAUUGCGACACUAGAGCCAAGAAAUGUAAGAAAUGAAGCACAGCAGCAGUGUUGCUAGAUCCAGUGGAAAGAGAAACUGGCGUGGCAAAAGUUGGAUAAGUUUAAGUGUGACUCGUAGUACAAAUAGUAGAACAAAUAGUAGUAGUGGUAGUGUUGGUGGCAGCUCCAGAUUUACGGCGGUCGACGUCCGGACACGGACACCGGAAGAGAACGGACUUUUCCACCGGAGACGCAACUCAAGGCCCUGAUGGGCCAAAGUGCUAGCAUGUGUCGCUUCAAUGGUUGUCGUUACAAGAAAAAUAAGCAAGGCCUGCACUUGCGCAGUAUAGAAGAGCCUCAGAGCAGGAUGCCCGCCGAGCAGGGGGGCACAGUGGGGCUCGAUACUUCGUUGGGCUCUCGUUCUGGUGUCCCCCUGCCACCACUCCACAGCAGCAGCAGCAACAUCAUCAACAACAGCCAGCAAUCUCCCGCCACAGUCGGCAGCAGCAACCAUCAACAGCAGAACCACCUGCUGCUGCACAACAGCAGUAACAACCAUCACAACCAUCACAACAGUCACGGCAGCCACCUGCAGCUGCUGCAGAGUUCCGGAACCGGUUCGGGGCCCACCGUCGGCGUCGGCUACGAUGUCGAGUUUGCCCGGAUGGAGUCGUGGCUGGACGAGAACCAGGAGUUUGUGCAGGACUACUUCAUCCGGAAGGCCACCCGGAACAUGGUGGACGGCUGGCUGGUGUCGCACGCCACACCGGUGACCUCGUCCGGCGGCAGUGGGAGCGCGUUGGAUUCGCCGACUCACGCUGCUGCCGGGGGUGUUGGUGGGGGUGGCGGAGGAGGAGGAGGAGUGAGUGGUGGGGUCGGAGGUCAGGGGACCAGUUCGUCCCGGGCCGGGUCGGGAGCGACAACGCCAGUGAGUUACACUUCCGGAUUAUUCUCCGGUUUCAUUCCUGAACUCUACGGGAUUCCACCCCGGUCGAGGAAAAUUUCCGCCCACGAGUUCGAGCGGGGAGGUCUGCUCAAACCCAUCGUGAACACCAUCGACGGGACGCCGACGUUCCUCAGCAUCGGACCCCAGCACGAGGGCCCGCUCGGUGGGGGCGGCUGCGGCCAAAGUCAGCAUGGGACGGCCCACGGAGGUCCCAGCGGAAGUCACCACCACCUGCACUAUCGGCCGCAGCGGCUGUCGCGGAACGAGCUGCGCCAGCUGGACGAACGGGAGCUGAUCUUCGAGCUGGUAAAGGACAUCUGCAACGAUCUGGACGUGCGGUCGUUGUGCCACAAAAUCCUACAGAACGUGUCAAUUCUGCUGAACGCCGACCGGGGCUCGCUUUUCCUGGUGCAAGGCAAGAGUACCUGCGGCAGUGAUAAUACCAAAAAAUGUUUAGUGUCUAAAUUGUUUGACGUGUGCUCGAGCAGCACGCUGGAGGAGAUGGAGCAGCAGGACGAGGUCAAGGUGGCGUGGGGCACCGGCAUCGCUGGCCACGUGGCCGAGAGCGGCGAACCCGUCAACAUCCCGGACGCGUACCAGGAUGAACGCUUCAACCGGGAGAUCGACAUCCAAACCGGAUACCGUACGCGGGCGCUACUCUGCAUGCCCAUCAAGGACAGUGCCGGGGACGUGGUCGGGGUGGCGCAGGUCAUCAACAAACAGGGCGACCAGUGCUUCUCGGUGGCGGAUGAGAAGGUAUUCUCAUCCUACCUGCAGUUCUGCGGCAUCGGCCUGCGCAACGCCCAGCUGUACGAAAAGUCCCAGCUCGAGGUGAAGCGCAACCAGGUGCUGCUCGAUCUGGCCCGCAUGAUCUUCGAGGAGCAGAGCACGAUCGAGCACAUGGUGUUCCGGAUACUGACGCACAUGCAGAGCCUCAUCCAAUGCCAAAGAGUUCAAAUCCUACUGGUGCACGAGGCUUCCAAGGGGAGCUUCUCGCGCGUGUUCGACUUUGAAGCCAAUGAUCUCAGCGGGGACCCGGAGGCGGAGGACGCGCGGACCAGCCCGUUCGAGUCGCGGUUCCCGAUCAACAUCGGCAUCACCGGUUACGUGGCGACGACCGGCGAGACUGUAAAUAUCUGCAACGCGUACGAGGACGAUCGCUUCGACCCGAGCGUCGACGACGGCCAGGGCUUCCGGCACAAAACGAUCCUCUGCAUGGCGAUCAAGAACUCGCUCGGGCAGAUCAUCGGCGUGAUACAGCUGAUCAACAAGUUUGACAGUCUGAUCUUUACCAAAAAUGACGAGAACUUUGUGGAGGCGUUCGCGAUCUUCUGCGGGAUGGGAAUCCACAACACGCACAUGUACGAGAAGGCGAUCGUGGCGAUGGCCAAGCAGAGCGUGACGCUCGAGGUGCUCAGCUAUCAUGCGUCCGCCACGAUGGACGAUGCGACGCGGUUACGGCAAUUGAAGGUGCCAUCCGCGGCGUUCUACCAGCUGUACGACUUCAAGUUCGACGACCUGGAGAUGGAGGACAGCGACACGCUCAAGGCAUGCCUGCGAAUGUUCCUAGAUCUGGACCUGAUCGAGCGGUUCCACAUCGACUAUGAGGUGCUGUGCCGGUGGUUGCUGUCGGUGAAGAAGAACUACCGCAACGUCACGUACCACAACUGGCGGCACGCGUUCAACGUGACCCAGAUGAUGUUCGCGAUCCUCACGUCGACCCAGUGGUGGAAGAUCUUCGGCGAGAUCGAGUGCCUCGCGCUGAUCAUCGCCUGCCUGUGCCACGAUCUGGACCACCGCGGGACCAACAACUCGUUUCAGAUCAAAGCCUCGUCACCGCUCGCUCAACUGUACUCCACGUCGACGAUGGAGCACCACCACUUUGACCAGUGUCUGAUGAUCAUCAACAGCCCCGGCAAUCAAAUCCUGUCCAACAUGUCCUCCGAGGACUACAGCCGGGUGAUAAAAGUAUUAGAGGACGCGAUCCUGUCCACCGACCUGGCCGUGUACUUCCGAAAACGCGGCCCCUUCCUGAACCUGGUCAAGCCGAACACGGCGCCGGCGAUGUGGCAGGCGGAGGAACCACGAUCACUCCUUCGUGCGAUGAGCAUGACCGUGUGUGACCUGGCCGCGAUCACCAAGCCGUGGGACAUUGAGAAGCGCGUCGCCGAACUGGUCAGUUCGGAGUUUUUCGAGCAGGGCGAUAUGGAGCGGCAGGCGCUCAACAUUACGCCGAUUGACAUAAUGAAUCGCGAGAAGGAGGACCAGCUGCCAAUGAUGCAGGUUGGAUUCAUUGACUCCAUCUGCCUGCCGAUCUACGAGGCCUUCGCCUCCCUCUCGAACAAGCUGAACCCGCUGGUGGAGGGCGUGCGGGACAACAAGAACCACUGGCUCGAGCUGGCGCGCUCCUCUGAGGACAGGUUCGCCAACAACAACAAUGACACCACCAGCCAGAACAACAACAAAAACAAGACCAACUUGAGUGCGGGGUCCAGCUGCAACAGCAACAGCAACGCGACUACUCAAAAUUCCAGCGAAGAAACCAGCGAGGAGAGGCGACCUUCGGUGGGGUCAUCACCCGCGUCCCGAAGGUCACCCAACGGCUCGCCGACACCUCCGGUCUCCGUCCAGGACAGUGACAACCACAGCAUAGGAAGCGCCGGCCACGCGGACAUUGCGGAGAAGAUUGUUGGUCGGCUCGGGGUCGAUCUGACCACGUCGUCACCGUUCGCGGAAGUUCCGUCCUACCUGAUGGGCAAGAAGGAGAACGGCUGGGUGGGCGGUGGAACCGCUGGAGCGGGCGAAAAAGUUCGCCUGCUGCGGUUGAGUUCGCUCGAGGCUAAACCGGCCACCGGCGAGCAACCCGUUUCGGACCAAUAAAACAAACACAGAGACAACAACAAAAAGCAAAAGCAAGAACUGGACUAAAGUAUUUUACGAUUUACCGUAACCCAGCAAAAACGAAACGAAUUUAUUCCUAAAUAUAUUUACACAAAUCAAACAAGCACGCAGCAAGUAAGCAAAGCAAGACGAGGCGAGGAGCGACCUCGGCCUCGAAAAACACUUUGACUGGGAAACAGUGAGAAAGGCUUCGGAGAAUGAUUUUAAAAACAAACACAAACGCAAAUACACAAAGUAUAACCAGUUUUUUUAAACAUUAUCUUUCACAAUGAAACGCUCUCUGUAUUUUUAUUUUCCGAA